AUGGCUUGUUCAUUCAUUGUAGUAUCGCUUAUUGAAAACCGUAACUUGGACCAAGGAGCCUGCAAAGUCGUUCAUCUGUCUGAUGCGCUCGCUGGUGACGAUAAAGUGAGCAACCCCGCACCUCCACCUUCACACCCUGUCUCCCACUUUGCAGUAUCGCUUCUUCGUAUUCACCAACCAUUCGCUGAAGAUGCCGCCAGUAAAUUCCUUCACAGCCUGCAAAGCAUGCCGGCGACUGAAGCGGAAGUGCUCACGGGAUAUCCCGUCGUGUCAUCUUACAAAGUAUGUGACUAUGGUCCAGAAGACAUCAAUGCCAGACCAGGAACGCAACUCACUGGUGCGGAACGGCGGCAACCUAUAGACCUUGCCGCUGAGCUGGAGGUACAACAAAAGAGCAGCUUUCCAGUUUCGUAUUUUCUAGAUCCCGAUUUGUUCCAAGACCUCGCUAGCGACGCUUUGACGGCAGUAGAAAAUCCUUUCUUUAUCAACCAACAAAGACGUCUUGCAAGUAAUGGGUCCUUUCAAUCUCUCAUUGAUGGGUACGAGGCCACUAUCCACAACUGGCUGCCUCUGCUCAGCCUCAAACGUCUACGACAAGACGCAAACACUUGGGUGAGCACUAGUCAGGGGAGUGUUGACAUCCUCAUAUUUCUUGCCUUGGAAGCUCUGUCAUCCUAA